UCUAACGGACUGGGGAUGACAAAGACAAUAGGAUACCGAGACUGGAGAUGGCAGGCGCUUUGGUGGCAUCAUUUCUUUCUCUUGUGGAGUACAAUAAGCGGACAGACUCGUUACAGCAUCCCGGAGGAGCUGAAACAGGGCUCUGUGGUAGGAAAUCUAGCCAAAGAUCUGGGUUUGGGACUAUCAGAGAUUUUUGAUCGUAAGCUGCGCGUCGCCUCUGAGGCUGGUGAGCAGUAUUUCAGUGUGGAUGCGGGGAAGGGCGAGCUGGUGGUGAAUGACAGAAUAGACAGAGAGGCUUUAUGUGGACAAAGCGCCAGCUGUGUGAUGCCUCUGCAAGUCGUCAUUGACAAACCGUUACAAUUGCACCGAGUUGAGGUGGAAAUACAAGAUAUUAAUGACAAUUCUCCAAGAUUUCCUUCGCAAGAAAUAACAUUACAAAUAGCAGAGUCGACAGCAGCAGGGGCACGUUUUCCUUUGGAGACCGCGCAAGAUCUUGAUGUUGGAGUGAAUUCAGUGAGGUCUUAUACUUUGAGUAAAGACGACUAUUUUAGUUUAAAGAUUAAAGAUGUGUCCGGUGGAAGGAAAGUCCCAGAGCUAGUCUUGUCUAAAUUGCUGGAUAGAGAAAAAAAGCCAAUUCAUCAGCUUCAACUAACAGCUAUAGACGGGGGAACCCCAGUGAAGUCUGGGACCUCUCUGAUAACAAUAAACGUGCUUGAUAACAACGACAAUUUUCCAGUAUUUGAGAAAAAUGUUUACAAAGUCUCUAUCAGCGAAAAUAGCAUAAAAGGUGCAUCUAUCCUAAAACUUACAGCUAAAGAUACUGAUGAAGGUCCUAAUGGAGAAGUAGAGUAUUCGUUUGGGACGCACACACUAGAUAUUGUCCUAUCUGUGUUUGAUAUUGAUUCAUUAACCGGAGAAAUAGGUCUUAUAGGGGAAUUAGAUUUCGAAACAAAUGCAAAUUAUGAAAUAGACAUUUGCGCAAGAGACAAAGGAAACCCGAGAAUGGAGGGGCAUUGCACUGUUCAUAUUGAAGUGUUAGAUGUUAACGAUAAUGCUCCAAAUAUAUUUCUGACCUCCCAACCAAACUCUGUGCCUGAGGACGCCCCAAGUGGUACUGUAGUGGCUUUAAUCAGUGCCCGAGACCUGGACUCCGGUGACAACGGUAAAGUGACAUUAAAGCUCCCCAAAGGUUCUCCUUUUAAUCUGAAACCCUCCUUUUCUGAUAAUUACGCACUGGUUACCAGUGGUGCUUUAAACCGAGAGAGUUUCUCAGAGUAUAACAUUGAGAUAACAGCCACUGAUUUAGGCUCUCCUCCUCUGUCGACUAAAAAGACAAUAAAUGUCAAUAUUACUGAUGUGAAUGAUAACCCUCCUAUAUUCACUCAGCCCUCCUAUGUUGUAUAUUUAAAAGAGAAUGGGGUACCAGGCUCUAUACUGUACUCAGUAUCAGCAUCUGAUCUGGAUUUUGGUGAAAACGCCAAAAUCUCCUACUCCAUCUUGGACUCUAAAGUGCAGGACGUGUCUGUCUCCUCUUAUGUUUACAUUAACUCAGAUAACGGCAGCAUCUACAGCAUGCACUCGUUUGACUAUGAGAAGCUGAAGGUGUUUCAGAUUCAGGUUCAGGCAAAGGAUCAGGGCUCUCCGUCUCUCAGCAGCAACGCCACUGUCCAUGUUUUUAUCCUGGACCAGAACGACAACGCCCCCGCUGUUAUUUACCCCUCCUCCGCUGCCCUGGGCUCCCUCUCUCAUCAGAGGAUGCCCCGCUCCGCUAAAGCGGGUCACCUGGUCACCAAGGUGACGGCCGUGGAUGCUGACUCGGGCCAUAACGCCUGGAUCUCCUACAAACUGGCGGAGGCCUCAGACGCCUCUCUGUUCACUGUCAACCUGUACACAGGGGAGGUGAGGACUAAACGCGCUGUGUCCGAGCAGGACGACUCCUCUCAGAGGCUGCUUAUAGAGAUCAAGGACGACGGGGAACCGGUCCAGUCCGCCACCGUCACGGUGUCCAUCCUGCUGGAGGACGGCCUCCAUGAGCCCAUCUUAGACCUCCGACACAAAGUGGCCGAGCCCAGCAAGAAAACUGGCAGAAUCACCCUUUAUUUGAUUCUCUCUCUGGCCUCGGUGUCCGUGCUGUCUCUGGUGACUUUUCUCAUCUUAGCGGUUAAAUGCAUGAGGACCAGCAGAAGCAGCGGUAGUUGCUGCAUGAGACGGACCGACUGUGAUGGUUACAAGAACCCCAACAGAAACCUGCAGAUCCAGCUCAACACUGAUGGACCUAUAAAGUACGUGGAGGUCCUGGGAGGAGACAUGAUGUCUCAGAGUCAGUCCUUCAGGUCCUGCAUGUCUCCGAUGUCAGAGUACAGUGAUUUCACUUUGAUUAAACCCAGCAGCACCACUGACUUUAAGGAGGUCAUCAGUGUUCUGGAUGCGUCUUUACCCGACAGCACCUGGACAUUUGAGAGCCAGCAGGUGAGCAGUGAACAAACGAUGGCAUAUACAGUUUUGUGAAACUAUUUUAACUGCAAAGAAAGCACAACUUUUUUAUUUUUCACAGUGAAAAAUCCUAACAACAAGGUGCUGCAAUGGGUUCUUAAAAUGUUGGAUAUCUGUUCCCUUGUUAGUCGAUGUAUUUGAAAUGUAAAUAACAAAUUUAUAUCUUAAUUAAAACUUGUAAUGUGUCUAGUUAACUUGGACAACAUUUUUGGCACAGCAGCUGUUGUUAUUUGAUCUGAGGAGUUUGUUGGAUGUUGAAUAGCUUUUUGAGCAGAGCGUUUCAGCACCACAAGGGUGGACAGCGACACUGGCCCAUGAGGCGUAGGGAGCGCAUGACAAUAGACUGUUGUUGAUGGCUUUUACUCGAGGGGUAGCUAUGACAAUACAUGAACGUUUAACUAACACACUUGAUAAAUAUUUUCACUCAGUACAUGUCCUGAACUUAUUGACUUACAUCAACGCUGAUGAUGGCAUUUAGAAAUCAAAGCCAAGUAAAGUAAAUUUGGCCUCAAUGAAUUGAAUGUAAACAGUAAAUAUAGUUUUUUGAUAUACAAGCAUUGAAUUUAACGCAUGUGGCCUAUUUAUUUUACAUUUAUAUAAGUCCUUGAUAUUUGAAUGGCAUCUCCUGAUUUGUGUUUCACCUCCUAUUUCGUGGCAGUGCAAAGGGGUUAGUGUAUCUUUAAUGAUGCUGCUCAGCGUCCCUCUCAUUGGAUGUGAGGGAUGGAUGCUGUGCACCAAUAGCAUUCAGAA